AUGAUUAUUAACAAGCUGAAAGUCCUCGAGGUCUUUAUAGUCGUCUAUACCGACUCGUAUUCCCUCUACGAAUGCUUUAUUAAGCUCGGAACUAUUAAAAAGAAGCGCUUAAUGAUCGAUAUUAUAGCUCUUAAACAAUCAUACGAACGCCGAGAGCUCGCAGAACCAACGUACGUGUCGAAAGACUUAACAACACCACGAAUGCAACCACUUGCUAUUCGUAUCAAGUCUUACUUUAAUAGAGACUAUUAUAAUUACGAUACGAGCGUUAUUCGCUGUCUUCGGUAUGCUAAAGGUAGUUAUAAUAACUGCACCGUUGCUUUUGCCGCUGCUAACACCGCUUUCGAUAACUUCCUCGCUUUAAAUGCUGCUCUUUCAAGAAGUGCUGCUAGUAGUCCGGGCGGUCUAGCGAGUAGAACUCUUGCGCUUGCCGCUCUUGUUGCUUUCGUCGCUUUCGUUGCUCUCGUCGCUCUCGCAGCUUUCGUCGCUUCCGUCGCACUUAUUAUCGUCGCUCUUUUUGCGCUAGUCGUUGCGCUUACCGCUUUCGCGACGGCGCUCGCCGUUAUUAUAACUUUUGCGAAGCGCCGAGCUAAAGUGAAGAGAUUGCUAAAAGCUUUAAUCGAUCUUUUAUUAUAA